AACGCCGACCGACUCAGAGGGGGAGAAGCCGAGAAACCAGCCCCAGCCAGUUCAUAUCACAAGAAGACUUAGACACUUUUAAUAUCGUGAAAGGCUUGCGUCGCUGUAGUUUCCCUGUUAGUGAUGUCAACGGAGCUGAUAAAAGGAAAGAAGCACCGAUAAGAAAACGAGUGGAGAACCCCGUUACUCGGGGAUUAUCUCUUCGUCUCCUCUUCUCUGUCAGAACCGGUUGGAAAAAGGAACGUUACUGUAAAAAAAAAAAAAAUGGAGAAUCUGCACUCCCACUGCCUUAAAUGCAUUAACAGAAGAUGCAUGGUAAGAACAGAGGCCGGUGUUUGCUGCGACCUCAUCGGCUGCCCUCUUGUCUGCGGGGCGGUUUUUCACUCAUGCAAACUAGAGGAACACCGUCUGCUCUGUCCAUAUGAAAGGCUGCCAUGCCUCAACAGCGGGUUCGGCUGCCCGUUCACUAUCACGAGGAUCAAGAUGGCACAGCAUCUUGAGACGUGCCCAGCAAGUAUAGUGUGUUGUACCAUGGAGUGGAAUCGUUGGCCUGUGAGCUACUCUGACCGCAAGUCCUAUGAAAACUUGAGUAAAGACUUUGAUGAGGUGGAGCAGCUAGACAUGGCUUUGGCCCUGCAGGAUCAGAGGAUGUUAUUAGAGUCCCUGAAGGUUACAACCACUGUGUCAAAGAAUGGAGACAAGGAAGCAGAUGAAAGUGACAAGAUGGCCACAGCAUCAAGUCUACCAGAGACAAUAUUAGGUAAUGGAACUGUGGAAAUGGAAGACGAGCCCUAUAACGAGUUGUAUAGGGCCUCGGUGGAGACGAGCAGAAGUUUAGCAGUGGCCUUGGAUAUUCUCACUAGUUCCAAAGAUAUUGGUGUUAUGGUUGGAAAUCUAAAUGGGGAAAAGAAUGAUAAGAAUGGAGCACUCCAUAAUGGGGAAAAUGGUGAUAGUCAUAAUGUUUAUGUCGCUGAAGGUGUGAAAAAUGUAGAUAUGCAGGAGAGCGACUCUGAUUCAGAGUGUGAGCUUGGAGCAGUAGGUGGAGUGGACUGCGCUGUGGGAACAGAUGGAGGAGAAGACGGAAUUGGAUGGGUAGAAGAAAAUGAUUUUGUAGAGUUGUUUUUUGAAGAGAAGGAAGAAAGUAUCAGAGAGCCAAUAAAUGACUCUAACCGUGUCUGGCCAGAGAUGCCUCAGGAUUACAUGCCUGUUAUAGCACUGGAACCUCCUGUGCCUCAACAAGCACCACUUUCACCUCCGAUGCCAUUCCUGCUGUCUGAACAUGUGAGAAACAACUUCUUGCAACACUUACCUUCUGAACUCAGGUACAGGUGUUUGGAGCGUAAACUACAGAAUGUAGAAGUGCUCAGAGGAAUAAGUAUGUUUACAUUUAACGGACGCCGAGCUCUGCUGUCAGACCCUUACCUAUUUCGAGCAAAGAUGGAGGACAAGGCAGUUGACACAUCUGACCUGGAAGUAGCAGAUGACCCAAUGGGCCUUCAUGGCAUUGAUCUCAUCACUGCAGCUUUGCUCUUUUGCCUCGGCGACUCCCCAGGAGGCAGGGGAAUCUCAGACAGCAGGUUUGUUGACGGCUACCACAUUGAUUUUGGUACUCAGACAUUCUCCUUCCCUUCAGCCAUUCUCGCAACAAACACCAUGGUGGGAGAUAUCGCCUCAGCUUCGGCCUGUGAUCACGCCAGUCCACAGCUCUCUAACCCAAGCCCCUUCCACACUCUCAGGCUCGAUCUGGUGCUCGAAUGUGUUGCACGAUACCAAACAAAGCAGCGCUCCAUGUUCACAUUUGUGUGCGGGCAGCUGUUCCGGCGUGACGAGUUUUCGUCACAUUUCAAAAAUGUUCACGGGGACAUUCACGCUGGACUCAAUGGCUGGAUGGAGCAGCGCUGCCCCUUGGCCUACUACGGCUGCACCUACUCCCAAAGACGGUUCUGCCCAUCUGUUCAGGGUUUCAGAAUAAUCCAUGACAGGCACCUCGGCUCGUUUGGGGUUCAGCCUGGUUUGCCCUUAAAUACCGGGGACGGACGCCAAAGAAACGCCAGCCACUUCCGGUCUCAGUGCGACCAAUUCAGCAGUCUUCCAUUCGAGGUGUUACAACAUGUAGCAAGCUUCCUGGACAGCUUUAGCUUGUGCCAACUGUCCAGAGUGUCACGUACCAUGAGGGAUGUGUGUGCUAGUCUCCUCCAGAUGCGGGGCAUGGUUGUCCUGCUGUGGGAUAAGAAAAGACGAGCGGAUGGCUCUACAUCAUGGCAGAUCACUGACAAGGUUUGGCGAUUCAGCACAGCGUUCGGUACAGUGAAUGAGUGGAAGUUUGCCAACAUAGCCAGCAUGGCGGACCAUCUCAAGAAGUGCAAGUUCAACACAAUCUCUCGCCGUGAAGAGGCGAUCCCCCUGCCAUGCAUGUGCUUCACCAGAGAGCUCACAAAAGAGGGAAGGUGUUUACGCUCAGUCCUCAAACCAGUAGCAUAAGUGACAUUUAAAGAUGAAGUCAUCUUGUGGACAUUUUUGAGACCACUAGAACUCAAAAAAACGAGUAUUUUCCUCUCCAGUGUUUACAGACUUUAGUCUCUUCCAUCACAUAAAAGAGAGAAAAAAAAACCCGGAUCACAUACUUUAAACUGUUGGUUAAUCUUUGUCUCACCUUUAAAUACUCCGCACACCUAUAAUAAGAACAGCCAGUAGUCGGACAUGUCUUUUUCAGUGGACGUGGAUGUGCUGCGAUCGCACAUCGGGGCUGAAAACUAGCAAAUUAAAUCGUUAGCCUUGUAUCUUCCACUCUGAUGGACUCAUAAUACCAGUGUACUGAAGUUGUACUAUUCUACUCUGACUUUAUGUAAAUAAUCAGAUGUUUUGAUGUAGAAUUUUAUAUUUUUAUAUCAAAAUGACAGUACUGUGCUACGAUGGAGGUAAGAGUAGAGCCUUAACUUAUGAAAAACUUGAUUUUCUAGUCACGAGGUUGUCCAGAAGAUCUCACUGAGAUUUUGUGUAAAGCCUCCAGCUGGAACGGUUUACUGGUAUCUUGUUUUAUAUCUUAUCCUGAUACCAAGAAUGACCAUGUGUGCUCUGCUUAGAGCUCCUAGACUUUAUGGCUUUGUUGCUACAUUUUGAGACUGACCAAACACCUGUGGUAGCCCUGCACAAUGAAUGCCAAUUAUCAAGAUGAUCAUACUGUAUUCACUGUGGGUGUUGAGUUGUGUACACCAGCGUAAGCAUAUCACCAUCAUCAUGUUUGGUGUCCUGUUGUAUUGUGUUAGUGGUUUGGCAAAAUCACAGUAGUAUCUAAGGUGGUCCAUCUUCAUGACUAAUGGGCAGGCAUGUUAGUCAAAUGACAAAUAACACUAUUCACCAGCCAAAAGGCAAAACAUUUUAAGCUGUGGUUUGUCUGAUCUACCAGCUAUUGUUACAAGUAACCAGCAGUUUUGUAGGUUGUUUUCUAGUAAAAAUGUAGCAAGUAAAAUGAUGAAUGUAAUCAGUUAAUAAGAAUCCAUCAGUGAUUGUGGUUGGCAAGGAAACAGAAAGCUUGAUUUGCUUAAGAGUCGUUCCAAUUACAAGUAUUGGAAACGCCUCGUAUCCUGAUUAAGAUUAGGUAACUGGCAUCGUAAGAUAUCAGUCAGUGAACCACUCUAAAGGUUGUCCAAAACGACAGCAAUAAUAUUUAUCACGGCUGCUACUAGUAACCACUGUUUCAGAGUGGCAACAUAGAAGUGGUUUCCUUCAAAUUAUCAUGUGAUGAUGGCAAAGAGCAGAAGUGCAGUGGAAGUACAGAGAGAAAAAUAUCAGGAUUCAGUGUUUUUAUUGUAAAACAUUUUAAUAUUCCUUAACAAUAAAAAUAAACUCAGUUAAGGUAUUUAAAAUGGGCAAAAACUUGUGGAAUCAAACUGUUUCAUAUUCGAAAGGAGGGUUUCUCAAACACGAUUCAGUCAGGUUGAGCUAUGACCGAGCUGCUGCUAACGUUGGCUUAGAGGUAAAGAUUCCUCCAGUGUACUGAGACCAUAUAACAAUAAAAGAAAAUCGUAUCAUUUCCCUAAUGGGCUAGUAGAAAAUCACUAUUAAAUAUAAAAUUAAAAUAUUAUUUUCCAAGCACAGCUACUGGACGGGUACGUCGUCUCUGCGAAUCCUCAUCGAGGAGGACAAUAUGAUAUCAGGACAUUUCUAGUUACCCUCCAGUGUGAGAUUUCAUAAAAACCUGCAGGCCAGGUGUAAAGAAAAUAAGACUGGAUAUCCCUUUCUUUCCAAAAAACUGAACAUUACAUAUGUUCAAAUUCAUUAUCAGUGUUGUGUGUUUUUGGCACUACAUGCCCACUGCGUUCCAAUUUUUGGAGUCUCAGGGUUGUAGCAUGAAGCUUUGUCUGGCAGGAGAUUGUGUGUUGUUGACGCAAGAACUUGUCAGCGUCUUGAUAAUUACGGGGUCUUAGAACUGACCGGUGUACCACUCAGUAUUAUAAUUAUGUAACAGUGUGUGUUGCAGUGCUGGACUUACAAAUAACAUGUUUCAUGUUUGUUUUCCAUCAGUGAUGAUCCCUCAGGCAGUCAGGAGAAAAGCUGUUUGAUUAUUGCUCUUGAGUGAUCCGAUGUUUUUCCAAUCAAACAUUCAAUUUGGGUUAAGAAAUAAAAACACAACACUUUUUAGUCCAUUUGGAUGUGACAAUAGCUUCAAAUGUUUGUUUUUUUAAAAGGUUACAGAAAAGUAACUGAUAACUUGUAAGAAAAAAAGGGGACAUCCCUCCAAGUAAACUGUGUGUUUUUUGUUGUUUUUAUAUUUUUGAAGUACAAGUGAUGUUGGAACUAAGCUGUCUUUACUGAAGUCUCCAAUCCAUGUUUGGUUGAUAUGUGUUUUUUGUUUUUUUUGUACUUGUACUUUGAUUUUUAAAGCAAAAGAAUCGGCCUCUGUAUUGUCAGGAUUUGUGUUUGAAUUAUUGAUUUGCACAUGAAGGCAUGUACUGUAAAAGUUUAAAUCAUAACACUGAGGGCUUUUGUUUGCUCAAGUAGCGGGAAUUUGCCCCCCUACCCCCAUUGUUUUGCAUGUGAGUUUGAUAUCUUUGAAGAAAAAAAAACAACUAUCAGAUGCAGGUUCAUGCAGUUUAUUCCUCAGGCACAGUGCAUCAGUGUAGUUUCAUCAUCAGUUUACUGUUACAAUAAAAUUAAAAAAGUAUUGAUAUUCAGCCAGAUCUGAUCACACGCUCUUAUUGCUGGGUCUAAUGUAGAUUUGAGAGAAUGACAUGCAGAUAUUCUCUCUUUUGAGGGUCAUUCUACAUUAAGACAAAUCUUGUGGGUUUUAAAUCAUGUCAUUUUUACAGGCCCUUGGAUUGAAUCAACUUUCAUUAGCAUUUUAAGUUUUGUUUUCACUCCUGCUAUAAUGUAUUUCACCACUAUAUGCCCGCUUCAUUUGUUUGACUUUUGAAGCAUUUUAAUAAAGAGGCUCUGUUUGUAAA